CCAAAAUGCUUGAGUCUCACGCAUAAUGCGUGAGACUUGGUAGCUCUGGUAAUGUAGUCUCAGAGCAAGUUUGUCAGUGAACUGAAAUCAGGCUGGAUAUUAACUCCCCAUAUGAAAAUGAACUCGGUGCAUGGAAAUGCACAAGCUGACCAUUCUGAGGUGGUGGAUUAUUUAGAGGCCAAAACGUAUGGAAAGGUGCUUUAUCGAACUACAGUAUAAAUGGAUUUAAUUGGAUAAAGACUGCUAGCUUUAAAGAAAUAUAUCUAUAUAUAUAUGACAAUUUACACGCUUUUUACGUACUGCUUGGUGAACGUCAUUCUGCCGGGAUUAAAUUAGCCCUUUUGUCCUUCAUUAUGUGAAGCUAUAAGGGUAGUUUCAUAGUUCAUAUUGUCAUUUUUCCGCAUUGGCUAUUCAACUACAAAUUGAAUUUUCUGUUGAAAGCCACUUCAGAAUGAAAGGUAAUCACAUUUGCAAAAGACCAAGUCCUAGCAAAUAAUAUUCGCCUUAUUCUCAUCAUCAGUGGCCGAAAGGGAUUGUUUCAUAAACUUGUCGAGGGAGCACCUCAGUUUGAAAACUUGGUAUUCACUCAGAUUUUUAAUCUGUCAAUACUAGGUGAUCAGAACAUCUUCAUAAAUGCGUCUACCUCUGUAAAUCCAUGAAACAAUUUUCACCAGUCCCACCCAUGCAAUUCACAGUACGCUAUGAUUUAUGAAGGUUUUAUUUUUAAUCCCAAUUUGCAGGAAAAUUGAAUAAACAAUCCCAUAAUUUACUACCACCCCCCCCCCCCCCAUCUCCAUUAAAAAAAAGGAUCCGAAAGAUAAGAGGUAGAAUCAAGUACAUGUACUACUAAACCCCGGCUGUAAAUGGACAGCAUGCAGUACAGCAAAGUGCAUGCUGUCAAGAUAGUAUAGUACGUCGCGAUAUGCGAUUGCACAAAAUACGAGAAAUGAAAGCUGGCGUGUGUUUUGCAUUGUUGAUGCAUAUGACGUCACGUAUCAGGUUCACUGAAGCUAACCUUGGAAUGCGAUCGAUAGAAAGAGAGGAGUGUCAGUAACAAAUCAAAAUACUACCAAGCUUGCAAAAGCUUGUACAAUGGGAGGUGAAGAAGAAAGAUCCAGUAGUGAUCUGACAGUUGGAUUGUUGCUUGCCAUCAGCUCAACGGUAUUUAUUGGAUCAAGUGGGAUAGUCAAGAAGAAGGCUCUUAUUAAGAUUCAUGCAUAUGCAACAAGAGCAGGUGAUGGUGGCCAUGCAUAUCUGAAGGAAUGGCUCUGGUGGGCAGGCUUUGGACUGCUGGCUACUGGGGAGUUCCUCAACUUCAUUGCCUAUGCCUUUGCCCCAGCUCUCCUCGUCACCCCGCUUGGUGCUCUUAGUGUUUUAGUUACGGCUGUAUUAUCCCAUUACUUCUUGAAAGAAAAUCUUAACUUACUUGGUAAAGUCGGCUGUAUGCAGUGUAUAUUUGGGUCAACCAUCAUGGUUUUACACGCACCGGCAGAAAAAGGGGCCAACACAUUGGCUGAACUGUCCAUACUUUUACAAGAGUCAGUAUUUGUAACAUACAUCGUAGGACUAUUAAUAGUGGUGAUCGUCCUCAUCUACGUAGUCUCACCAACGUAUGGCCAUAAAAACAUCUUGGUCUACCUCUCUAUUUGCUCCUUGGUGGGCUCCCUCUCUGUCCUCGCUUGUAAAGGUUUCGGCAUCGCCGUCAAGGAAUUCUCCAAAGGCACAAACACUUUCCUCUUCCCCAUCACGUGGUUCCUGCUGACAAGCCUUGUAAUCUGUAUAUUAAUGAGCAUGCACUAUUUGAACAAAGCUCUGGACACCUUCAACGCCGCGGUCAUCGCUCCGAUCCAUUACGUGUUCUUCACGACGUGUGUGGUGACCGCUUCGGGGAUACUCUUCAAGGAGUGGGCCAGCAUGAGCAUACAGGACUCGUUAUCCACGCUCGCCGGCUUUGGGGUCAUCUUUAUGGGCAUCUAUCUCCUCCAUACCUUCAAGGAUGCGAAUAUAUCAAUGGACGCUGUCACUCUGAUGUCGCCAAAGACCAAGGGCGAAGAUCUGUCGCUGAUGAAUAGUCACAGUGAGGUCGUCUCUAUGGAUAGUGAUACAGAGUCAACAGGACAUAUGAAAUCUACCAGCGAGAGGGUGAGAUUCUUGUAAUUUCUAUUACCAGGGUUUUUUUGUGUGUGUUGUCGGUUCAGUUGGCUUACAAUUAAUACAAAACAAGCGUCAUUGACUUUAGGAGAUUUUAAUGAAUUUUGAAUAGUGAAAGCUGCAAGUGAGAGGUCGUAAAUACUUGUAACUCUUUCUCGUCGUCAAUGCCAUAUACCGGUAUGUAGAGAAAAUGGUAUUGACCACAUGAAACAAUACUGCAAAUUUUACUGGUUUUCAUGGCUUAUCAGACUAGUCAUAAGCUUGUCAUAAUAACAAAGUUGAAACUGUUCAAAAGCUAUACUGUAAUUAUUCAACCUGGUUGGCUGGUAAUAAACUUGUUCUAGAUAUUUUGCGAUAUCUUUCGGAUGGUGACCUUAAAGGUCGGUCCCAGACGUAAAUAAUCAUACCUGAUUGAUACACGUCUGAAAAAACUCAAAUACAUACAUACUUAGUAUCCACAUUGGGGCUUGGGGUGAUUUUGUCCCCAAUUAUAGAACGCACAAAUUUAAAGCUUAUACCCUCUAAAAAAUUCCAAGGAUUUAAAAUCAAUUCAGAUCGGCUGUGAAUAGUGACCAGCCGAAUAUUAGAUUUAGAGUUAAACCUUGUUGGUUUGAAUAUAAAUCUAAAAGACUUGAAUUUGAAUCUUAUGAGAUUUAAAAGUUAAUCAUUGAGAUUUAAAAUAAAUUUGAAAAAUUCAGCUGGUUGCUAUUCACAGCCGA